AUGGACAGGAACACAGUCUGUGUAGCCUUUGUAAAAAUGGUGUCAACUUUGGGUGUGUCUUAUCUCUUAGCCGUAAAGAAACAUGAAAUCUUGACCACAGAUACAUCAUCUGCCAAUGUGGUGGUCAUUUACUAUGACACUGAUAAUUCAAAUGAGCUGCAUUCCUUUCUGAAGUACAUCCAAUUUAACAAUCCUUCUGGAGACCAGGUGAACUUCGAUCAUAGAAGGAAACUGGACUUAGAGUAUGACAUUCUCAAUUUUUGGAAUUUUCCGGAAGGCCUUAGACUGAAGGUUAAACUAGGCACAUUUUCUUCACAUGCUCCCGAUAGCCAAAACCUGACUUUGUUUGAGGAUAUGAUAGAGUGGGCCACAGGAGUUACAGAGACGCCCCACUCAGUGUGCAGUGAAAGUUGCAAUCCUGGAUUCAGAAAAAACACUCUGGAGGGAAAGGCUGCCUGCUGUUUCCACUGCACCCCUUGUGCAGAGAACGAGAUCACCAAUGGCACAGCUUCUGUGCUUGGCCUAUUUGUGAAGCACUGACACACUCCUAUUGUCAAGGCUAACAACCAGGCCCUAAGUUACACUCUACUCAUCUCCCUCACCUGCUGUUUCCUCUGCUCAUUGCUCUUCAUUGGCCGUCCCAACACAGCCACCUGCAUCCUGCAGCAGACCACAUUUGGAGUUGUGUUCACUGUGGCUGUUUCCACUGUCUUGGCAAAAACUAUUACUGUGGUGCUGGCCUUUAAGGUCACUGGUCCAGGCAGGAAGAUGAGACAGUGGCUAGAAUCAGGGGCACCAAACUACAUCAUCCCCAUCUGCUCCCUGAUCCAACUCACUCUCUGUGGCAUCUGGAUAGGGACACAUCCACCCUACAUUGACACAGAUGCUCACUCUGAGCAUGGCCACAUCAUCAUCGUGUGCAACAAGGGCUCCCUCACUGCCUUCUACUGUGUCCUGGGAUACCUGGGCUCCCUGGCCCUGGUGAGCUUCACUGUGGCUUUCCUGGCCAGGAACCUGCCUGACACAUUCAACGAAGCCAAGUUCCUGACCAUCAGUAUGCUGGUGUUCUGCAGCGUGUGGGUCACCUUCCUGCCCGUGUACCACAGCAGCAAGGGGAAGGCCAUGGUGGCCAUGGAGGUCUUCUCCAUCUUGGCCUCCAGUGCAGGGCUGCUGGGCUGCAUCUUUGCGCCCAAGUGCUACAUUAUUCUUUUACGACCAGAGAGAAAUUCUCUUCCUGGGUUCAAAAGUAAAACACAUUCUGGAGGAAAAACAUCUUCUUAA